AACACUUUGCUGACUAAGGUUAACUUGUGAAAAUGAAACCCUACCUGCCCACUAGCCAGGAAAUUAAUUAAUUAAAACUAAUAAAACUACAACCUGCCGUAGAAAUUAACAUUCUCUGACUACUCAGAAAGCUAGCAAUGAACUCCCACCCCUCAAAGAAAACAGCUGCCAUUAACUUCAACAUGACAUGCAACAGUACUAGUUGCUUGUUAUGCACCAUUAUUGAAACACAUACAUCUGUACGAAGAAAAUUAAUAGCUCAAUGCUUCAAAGAUUUGCCUCUUCUCAGAGAUGAUAAAAACCUUGUCAUCACCUUAAGAUGCCUCUGGAAUAUUGCUCUGGCUCAACCAGACGACCCUGAAUUUCCAUAUCUCGGCAUUUUUAAUUGCAUGACUAGACUUCUCAACAGGUGCAUCCGUGACCAAAAAUGGCUUUCGAGUGGCAAAAACGUGUAUGUUCCUUACUAUGCAGCUCACAUUAUUGGCUCCUACACCAUGAAUAAAUCUCGAUUUUCUGUAUUGGCUGUUAAAUCAGCUGUAAUUUCGCCAUUAAUAGAGCUUUUAAGAGGAAAGAUAACAUGGGUCGAGCAAAGAGUAGCUGUUAGAGCACUUGGUCACAUUGCCAGACAUAGAAGAACAUUUGAAGACAUUAAAGUCUACGAAACGGAAAUCAUAAAGCUAGCUAUGGACAUAGUUUCGAAAUGCAUUCAAACUAUUUACACUGAAUUUGUUAUCAAGAAAAGUGAAAAUAGAGUAGAAUAUCAUCGUCAUUUGAUGAUAAAAGGUCUAGGAGGAUUUGAAAUGGAGAAUAGAAAAGCAGAGUCUUGGGCUUGCCAAAUGCAAUGUUGGUCUCUUUACCUUCUCAACUGCUUUGUUAGAAAGAAAAGAAGCAUCAAUUUGAUAUGCAAAGAAGAAUUUCUCAAGAAAUUAUGUGCUAUAUGGGGUGGAUUACAGAACCAGAAUUCUUUCUCUGGCAUUGGCCUGAUCAAAAGUCUACGCCACAGUGAAAUAGGUCGAAGAAAUAUAGCACAAUCAGAAGAAAUUGUAGCAAGUAUUUGUAAUAUCUCUAGAUCUUCAGACGAAUGGCAAUUAUGGGCAAUUGAAAGUCUUUUAUUACUUCUCAAAGAUCAAAAUACAAGAAGCGUAGUAAGAAACAUUGCCGCUCCUUUUCUUGCUGAUUUAGUAGAGCUUAGAACUGUUAAAGGUAGAAGAAAAAUGGGUGACGUGAUAACGCAAGUAAUCUUACAAGAUUAUGCAAAAAUAAAGUAUGGUCAAUUGAGUUUCACCAGAAAAGGAUCACAAAAGGCUAUUGAAGAGAUUUGGGAGUUGAAAGUAGAAAAAAGGAAAAGGGAUAAAUUAAUGUCCGAAGAAGAAGUAAGGGAAAGAGAGCUUUUGGUUGCAAUAUUAAAACGUGAAGGAAAUAGGAAAUUUUGGUCAGCUGAUAUUGAAGAAGCCGUAAACAAAUAUACAAAGGCUCUGGAUUUGUGCCCACUUAAGUUAAGAAAAGAAAGGAUUGUUCUUUAUAGUAAUAGAGCUCAAUGUCAUUUAAUUCUAGGAGAAGCAGAGUUAGCUAUUAGUGAUACAACUCGAGCACUAUGUUUAUCAGGUGAAAUGAGGCCUCAUAUUAAGAGUCUGUGGCGAAGGUCACAGGCUUAUGACAUGAAAGGAUUGGCUAGAUUAAGUUUAAUGGAUUGCUUGAUGUUCAUUAAUGAACGUAGCAAGUUCAAUAAUGGAAACAGAAGCAGCAAAAGGAAGAUACCUUACUGUGCAAUGUGCAUGUUGAACAAACAGAUAACAGCCACGUGGAUUUUUGCGGGUGUCGCUAAGUCAAUGGAAGAUGACAUUAAUGACGAUGGAACGCAUAAAUCCAGGGACGCCCAGCAUGUCUUUGCAGGUGCAAAAAUGAAAGGGAAGACAGAAGCAAUUUUAAAAAGCAUGCGUACCCACGGGAACGACAAGGAGGAGCGGCUCUUGAAAAAGGGACGGCUUUGGAGAAGGCUGAAUAGUACAAGUCGGAGAAGCAAAGGCGUUAUUGAACCAUUGCUGAAACGUUUCAAAGGAAGGAAAAGCGUAGAUGUACAAGAAAAAAAAGUCAAAUAGUCUUUUGUUCCCCAAGGAAACUAAAGUUGGAGCUAUUUAAAUAGUCCAACCAGUUUGAUUUUAGAGAAGCUCAUGUUCAAUUGCCAAUUAAGAAUAUUCUCUAUUUAGAUAGUCUAAUGUCCACUUGAACACUAUUCAACUUUCAGUCAAAUUCUUAUAACCGACAUAAGCUUGCGGUUUUUUUUAUAAGGUUUUGGGGAAACAAAAAUCAC